AUGGAUAGGGGCAGAACUCCAAUAAAGUCGAAUGAUGAUACCUAUGAUAAUUUCGCGGAAUUAAAUACAGCUGAUUCUGGCACACGAGCCUUGACUCUUCAAAUUAAUUGUAAUACAAGGACUCCAGAUCUUGAUGGUGUCGCACGGAUACUGAGAAGGAAUAGAGGAACACCUGACAGUGAAUCAGGAAAUAAUAUAAUAGGAAACCUGUUUAAUAUAUCGAUUGAGGACACACCUGUUUCGCAAAGGGAGUCUAUUGUCAAUGGGACCCCGUUCGUUAAUUCUAGUUCGUCUCCAACAAAGAGAAAAACCACCAUAGAGGGUCCAAAUACGACUGAUAAUAAGGUUUUAAUGCCUGCUUCGAGUGUCUGUAGCAUGUAUAAGGAGGAGCUUUGCACAAGUUUAGAAGUCACGGUUCCUGAUGAUAAGGCAACAACCACUUUGCAAGAUGAAUCAGCAAACGAGAUUGAGAGACGAAGUCUAAAGCGAUCGAUAAACUCCCUCAGAUUCGAUAGUCAGAAUGGGACGCAGUUAUUUAAUUCUCCUACAAAUGGAAAGAUUGGCCACAAACUAGUACUAUCCCCCAAUCCUAUGACUAGAUCUGUGAAUGCAAGUGGGAUAAUCGCAUCGGAAAAUAUUACUAAUACUGUACCGACGCAGAUAAUUGAAUCUCCUGUUCAUGAACAAGUUGAAAUGAUGUCAAGGAGUAAUUUUGUGCAUGUUGAGAUGUUUAAUGGAUCUGGAUCUUAUAAUAAAGAAAAUAUUAACCACUCUGAGGAAUCUACUAACAAAGUGCUCCUAAAGUUCUCCACAAAACUUGGACCAUCUACCAAUGUAUCUCCAACAAGGUUAAAAUACUCUCAAUCACCUGCGUUGCCAUAUGAAGGAUCAUUAUUAGGGUUACGCUCAGCUUAUAAUGCUGAUCUCUAUAAUACAGCAGAGUCAACACAAACUACUAAGCACAGUGUGGUCUACAGUGAACCAAAUACCAGUCAGGAGUUAUCAGAGGUGAUGGAAAGUAGCGCAUGUAAUGAAGAACAAGAUGAUCUUACUACAUCUGAAGAGAAAACUGGCGCUCAUGAUGAAAAAAAUUUGAUGAUAGCUUCGAACCAUCUGCUUGGGCCUUUUAGAAAUAGAAGAAAGUUAACAAUUGAGGACGACGAAAACGAUGUUGCCGCAAAGGAUAACAAAUUAACUAAAUUACCUGUUGCUGUUUCAAAGGGCAAGGGUUCGCAGGAUCCAAACAAUUCCAUAAUAUUAAAACAGCAUAACAGGGAUACUCUAUUAACCAAAGAUAAUGAGUUUCUAACAAAAAAUGAUAUCAAGUAUGAAAGUUCUGUUUGGUGUUAUUCCGCAAACUUUGAAUACUAUCCAGCUAAAAUAUUGGAAUCGCAUAUCAAUAGAGCUGUUUCGCUGGUAUUAUUCAAAGAUGGUAAGUAUGAAGUUAAAAACGAGGACAUUCACUAUUUAGAUUUAAGAGUGGGUGAAAAAGUGCAAUGGGAUCACAAGGUAUACCUAGUUGAAUCGCUGGAGAAAAGAAGUGAAUAUCCAAUUACCUGUAUUAGGGGUUAUGACACAGUUUACCUGCGGCCUUUAGUUAGGAAUGGUCGUUCAGCAAAGCAAGCAAUUAUUAGGCCACUGAUGGAAAUUCAAUUAUCGUUGGAGCAAUGGGCAAGAAGACCUAAAAUUAUAUUAGAAAGUGGGUCAAAAAGUCCUUCUAAAGCUUUUGAAGACUUGCAACAACCUAUUAGACGACGCAAAGGUACCACAGUGAAAAAGAGUAUAACGCGUACAGAUAUUGUUUCAUCACCACUUGUGACAGACUUGACUAAGGAUGUUGGAAAUAUUAUGGCCACUAAGAAUCAAAAGAAGGUGGGCCUUUUAAAAACUGUGCCGAGUCCGUCUAAUUUAUCAGUAGAUGGGACUAAUAAAAUAUUUUCAAAGUGCCUAUUUGUGAUUACUGGUCUUGAAACUAAACAUAUAGAUUAUUUGACAGCAUUGAUCAAUUCUAAUCAAGGAACCGUAAUCUCACGAUUUUCAGAUUAUCUAAAAUAUGAAAAUGGUAAAUUAAAAUGGAUCAAAGAUGAAUUUCAGGAAUUCAAAUUUGCUUGUCUUAUAGCUGAGAAUCAUAUAAGAACCCCACGUUAUUUGGAAUCUUUGGCACUCGGUUGGCCUACCUUACAUUGGAAAUUUGUGUCAAAUUGUAUUAAGUUGGGUGGUGUUAUUUUAGAUGCAUCAAUUUUCCCAUAUUUAUUACCGUCUGGGGAAAGUCAUCGUCUUUCUUUAAAUGCUACUAAGAAAAGAGGGAUCAUAAAGUCUGCCAAUAUUUCACGGUUUUUUAUGAAUUUAUGUAAGGGUGCAGACUUAAAGGAUCAAUUGGAUACUUGUAAUGUUAGAAAACUAAUUGGACUUGAUGUUAUCAUUUUAGGAAGUUCUGACACUGAUAGGUUUGUGGAAUUUGUCUUUUCUUGUUUUGGAGUACGCACUUGUGAAAAAGUCGAUUCGAAGAAUGAGAUAUUCACAAGGUUAAAAACCUUUUACAAAGACAAGAACAAACUGUAUGAUGGUAAUAACGGAACACAAUUAUUAAUUUACGUGAAUUAUACUGACGUUCAUAAGAGUGAGUAUAUAAAGUCUGAACUUAUUGAGUCGAUAAACAAAAAUAGAAUAGAUAAUUCAGGGUUCCACCGGAUACAUGUCGAAAUACGGGAAUGGUUGAUCCAAACCAUAAUCAAUGAAGAUUGUGGCUGGAACUAG